AUGCAGGGCGCAGUGAAGCGACAAGCGCUGUACGCCUGCAGCACCUGCACACCACCCGGGGCGGAGCCGGCCGGCAUCUGCCUGGCGUGCAGCUACGAGUGCCACGGCUCGCACCGCCUCUUCGAGCUCUACACCAAGAGGAACUUCCGCUGUGACUGUGGGAACAGCAAGUUCAAGAAUUUGCAGUGCAAGUUGCUCCCGGAAAAGAGCAAGGUGAAUUCAGGAAAUAAGUACAAUGACAACUUCUAUGGCUUAUACUGUACUUGUAAAAGACCUUAUCCUGACCCUGAUGAUGAGAUUCCAGAUGAAAUGAUCCAGUGCAUAGUUUGCGAAGACUGGUUCCAUGGAAGGCAUCUUGGUGCAAUUCCCCCUGAGAGUGGAGACUUCCAUGAAAUGGUAUGCCAGGCCUGCAUGAAACACUGCCAUUUCCUCUGGGCCUAUGCUCCGCAAUUAGCAGUUCCCGCGUUGACCAAAGCGAACUCUCUUGAAGAUGAAGGGAUUGUCCUGAACGUUGAGGAAACUGAAGAACAGAAGAAAGAAAUAAAAAAAGAAAGUGGAACAGAACACCAAGAAGUAAAGGAGGAAAAGCAAACGGAACUGUUCAAUGAACCAUCCACUAGCUCUGGGUCUGCUUGUCCGGAGAUAGUUACCAAGAGUGAAGAACCAGUCUGCAAGCUGAAAGAACUCCAGAGCAAGCCAUUUUUAAAAAAAGAUACUGCCACCUUUUGGCCAUCAAACUGGAGAAGCAAAUUAUGCACUUGUGCAGAUUGUUUGAAAAUGUAUUCAGAGCUUGAAGUCCAGUUCCUGACAGAUGAGUAUGACACUGUCUUGGCUUAUGAAAACAAAGGUACCAGUGACCAAGAAACAGACAGGAGAGAUCCUUUAAUGGACACCCUGAACAGCAUGAACAGAGUUCAGCAAGUAGAGCUCAUCUGCGAAUACAAUGACUUAAAGACAGAACUGACCGACUAUCUCAGGAGAUUUGCAGAUGAGGGAACGGUUGUUAAAAGAGAAGACAUUCAGCACUUCUUUGAAGAAUUUCAGUCACGGAAAAGACGACGGACUAACAGGAUGCAGUACUACUGUAGUUAGAGGGAGAAGUUCUGAGGCUGAAAGGACAACUGGCAAAACAAUAUUCAUCGAUAAACAGAAGAGGCAUUUUUAGUACUCGGCUUCUCAAAAUCCAACUAUUCAAGAAACUGCCUCCAACUUCUUCAUUUUGUCUCAUUUCCUUUAUUUGUAGCACACAAAAUGUGUUCUGAACAGGUACACUGCUUUUAUAUGGAUUUCAGUAUCGGUUUAUGUUUGUUGUUCUUUGAAAGUUGGCCUCGUCUCAAGGGGGAGGACUGCUUGUUGACAGAACUUUGUGCCACUGUUUGUUCCCUUUCUCCUUUGACCUGUUUUAGUGCCUAUAGCUCUCCUCUGUCCUAAAACACGGGCACAGGACACGCUCUGCGUUUUGCAAGACGAGAGCGUGUUGCUUUCCUGCUCUGAAUGGCUGUGUCAUCUCUUCUGGUUGGGGUGACUGGCACUUGCUCCCUGCACAAAGUAAGCUUCUGUUUACUUCUGCAGGGAGGCACGGGUCCUUAAAAAGCAAAGCAGGCAUGAGGUAAUGAUGAUGGCUCUUAGUUUUAAUCCUGUUGGGUGAAACUGCAUUCUCAAAGUCGGUUCUUACCACGUGAACUCAAUAGCACUGUACUUCCGCGGGGCAGCUCUGCUGGGAAGUACGCCCUGGGCAGGUGGAAAGAGAAAUUGGGGUUGGACUUGAAGCAGCAAAAUGUUGUAUCCAUUUUUAUAACUUCAAGAACUUUGUUUCUAAUCGUGUACAGUGAUGUUUUACAUGCAAAGAUUUGUCACAAACUUUAUCUGCUCAUUAGAAUAUAAACAAUAUCUAGGAAGAGGUACCGAAUUACAAAUUAAUCAUCGAGGGGUUUGUAAGGGGACUUCUAAUGUGCGUUCAUUUUAAAAACUAGCCUACUUCAAAUUGUUCUACUUCAUAAAUGUUCCUGCAAACACUGCAGCAGCCUGGCGUUUUGUACAGUACAAAAUGGAUGAUCUUUUUAUAAUCACUGUGAUAAUCAAGGAACAGGAGGUUUCACUGACUUUUAAGAAGCUACAGUAAACCGCAAUUAAAUCUUGAUUUUUCAUAAGUUAUUUUGAGCCUAAUGUAGUUUUUUUUUGUUUUUUUUCUUUACUCACAAACCCCAAACCCUGCUUUAAGGAAGCUAUAAUUUUUAACUCUUGCUUUCUGUACUUGGAGGAUGUGUUUGUCAUGGGGUGCUAUUUUGCUUAGUCAUUAACUAUUCAUGUUAAUGAGACAUUUUUUAGAAGAAAAUCACAUUUAGCAUUCCCCCUUUUGUUUUUGACUACUUCAUUUACAGAAGCUUUUUCUAGCAUAAAGGCUCAGCGAAUUGGUUUGUUCCAUGCAGAAUGACUAGUUGCUUUUAAAUUUAACUCUGGGUAUCGUAUGUGCUUUUUUGUAGCAGUUGUUACAGGACUUGUAACUGCACAUCUAACUACAAAAUAAAGAACCGUUCAAUCAUUCAGUCUG